AUGGAAGACCCCAACGCCGCAUCUCCGAUCGCGUUGUCUGGCGCCGACGAGGCCGUCCUCGUGCCGGAUUCGAGCUCCCAGAUCGGGACUGGGCAGGGGAGCUACCAGAACGAGGGCCUCCUCUCUGGCACCGGCGGGGGGGCGGGAGGGGACGGGGGGAGCGGGAGUGGCGGCGGAAACGAUGCCGAGUUCGGCUUUCAGCGACCGGAGUUCGGGCAGGGGAAGCUGGCCGGGACAGUGCAGAUGUAUGAAAGGCACCUGUUCCUUUGCUACAAGCAACCCGAGGUGUGGCCGUCCCACGUCGAAGCCGCCGAGUUCGACCGCCUUCCCAGGCUCCUCGCCGCAGCUCUCACCGGUCGCAAGGCCGACAUCAAGAAGAAGGCAAGGGUUUCUUAAACUUUAUUUCAAUUGUAAUUUUCUAGUAAGCCCUCACCGGGUUAUUUUUUUGGUAUCGGUCGUAUGAUCUUUUAGUCCCAUUGAUGGAUUUUCGCUGUACCUAUGCUAGGUAGAUCAUUAUUGUCCGAAUUUUAGUGUUUUAUUUUUGUAGAUCUCUCUACUAUUCAGCCUCGAUAAGGGUUGGAUGAGAAACAAGACGAACCCUAGGAUUUCUGCCCAAUAUUUCUCUAUUUACCGUAUUUUUUCUCGGUGGUCUAGGACUUUUUGAGAGAAACCGGAUCGGGUUCUCUUGAGUAGAUUUUGAAAGCGUUCUUCCUGCUGCGUCUAUGUCAGUAAUCCCCCAUAUAUUUGGAUUUUAUGGAUCCAUCAAUUUCACCUUUUCUUCUCUACGGAAUCUUUUCCGUAGUGACGACUUUUGUGUUGAAUGGACUACUAAUCUGCUCACUGUACAUCCAAGGAGCUGGAGAAAUAUCUCUGGAGCCUGAAUCGUGAAGAAGCACUGUUUUCCGGAUAGAAGUUUCUUGCAUAUCGCCAGGACAGUGAAUCGUGAAGAUCUCUCCAUUUUUAUUGGUCUAAGUCUCCGAUGAUGCUGAAAUAUUCUAAAUUAUAAGCUUUUUUGCUGCAAACUGCGUCAAGCAUAAAUCAAAAUUUCGAAUUUGGUCGGAUUUCGAUAAUUUUAUACAUUUCUUAGGCUAUCUAUUUAUAUAUAUUGCUCUAUCAGUGGACAUUCUAUUUCAUGAAACUGUAUGAAUCCUUAAAAGAAGUUAGAGAACGGGAAGUCUAUAUCCUGAAAUUUUCUUCCAUAUUUUCAGGUUAGUGAAUUGUGACGACCUCCCCCGUUUUGUUAGUCUAAAUAUCAGAUGAUGCCGAAAUAUUCGCAACUUUAAGCUUUUAUCCUGUAAAUUUUCUCGAGCAUGAAUGUAAUUCCGAGUUUAGUAGUAUUUCGAUGGCACCCGGCAUUUUAUUUCAUAAGAUUGUAUAAAGCCUUUUAAGGGGUCAAAGAAUCGCAGUUCGUCAGAAGUAAAACAUAAAAAGGAAAAUCUCAGAGCCACGGAAAGGGACGAAGUGUAUGAGUGUUUUGGGAAUACUCGUAAACAGGGCAUCCUUGUCUUCUAUUUUGAUCUGCAUUUCAAAAAAAUAAAGGAAUCUCUACCCAUUUUCUUUGGUAUUUAUCCUAAAACGUUUUUUAAUUUUUUAUUCAAACUUUAUAUUUACAUGAAUUUUAAUUCCUGAAGUGGAGAUGCCUAAGUAUAGGAAAUAAGCCUACCAGAGGAAAUUCCAAAUUUGUGGAGGCCCUUUUCCGUCCAGAAUCAUCAAGUACCCUCCUUGCGCUGAUCUCCUUCCUCCCCACCCUGCUCUUCCAUGGAGCAUUCAUAUCCCAACUCAUUCCAUCUUUGUAUAUGGAUAUUACGAUAUCCGCACCUUCUUUGUCAUAUCAUGGGCUUGGAAUAUUGUUCAUGAUGUCAUAUAAACAUCCUCAUUCCAUCCACUUCAGGUGUGCUAGGAUUUGUAUGGGAGCCGCCAUUAUGUUUGAGAAAUUAUGAUUCGGUAUCCAUUGAGCUGAGUUUCCCUGGUUUUCACCUGGAGUCAUAAUUUUGACCGAAGCUCGUCAAUGCUUAAUUGGGAUAUUUUUUCAGGUGGCGAUGCCUUUGACUUUGUUUCACCCACAUCACUGGCACAUUUAAGUUCUGACCAAUGAUUGAACCCCUCUUUUUUUCUCUCUUUUGACGAUAAUUUUCUGCAGACCCGCUUGACCUUGUGCGAGGGAGAAGAUGGGACUGAGUCUUCGAAUGGAGAUGUCCUGAUCUUUCCCGACAUGAUCCGAUACAGGUUGGAACAACGAAUAAAUCCCAACUGUUCCCGGACUCUUACCUUUUUUUUGUUUGUUUCUAAUAUAAUUUUGGUACUUUUGGGUGCAGGCGAUUGACUCACUUUGACGUUGAUGUGUUCGUGGAGGAGGUCCUGGUGAAGAACAACGAAUGGUUCCCUGGAGUGGUCGAGCCCCUCACCGGGUCCUAUGUCUUUGUCUGCGCCCAUGGGAGCCGGGACAAGAGGUGUGGGGUCUGCGGGCCCGAACUCAUCAAGCGAUUCCGAGAGGAGGCCAAGGAGCGCGGCCUCCAGGUGUCUGUCAGUGGCUGCUCGCACAUAGGCGGCCAUAAAUACGCCGGGAACGUCAUCAUAUUCAGCAAGGGGGCCGAUGGAGCAGUGGCCGGCCAUUGGUGAGAACAAACCCUUCCCCCUUCUUUCAUGGGUUGCACUUUUGCUAGUUUUUUUUUUUUUUUUCCCGUCUCUCAAUGGAUUCUAUGGAUCUCUCUCUCCUGUCGUCUAUUGGGUAUGGAUGCAUCAGCUCAGAUGAUGUUCCCUCCCUUAUUUUCAAAAAAAAUAUCAGUUUUUAAGAAAGAACCAGUUCAGUGAUUUAUUUGGCCUUAUGUCAAGAAUUUCUUUUCUGGAAAUAUAAUUAUUUGGUUUCUCUGCUCUCUUAAAUUUUUCGUUUCUCCCUUUGGAUCUCUCUCUCUCUCUCUCUCUCUCUCUCUCUCUCUCUCGUGCGUGCUUAAUCGCUGGAUACCCUUUUCCGCCCAGAAUAUGAGGCUUCAUUUAUCCAAGAAUCUAGUUGAACGCUCUCUACUACUACUACUACUACUACUACUAUUACUACUCUCUCUCUCUCUUUCUCUCUCCCUGUGGAUAUUUUGACAAGGGCUUCUAUCAGCAAUUUCUUGGAGCCCAUGUUAAAAAAUGAGAAAAAUUGAAAUUAUGCUCACCACGAGGGAACUGAUUUCUCUGCUCUCUUAAAUGUUCUUCCCUUUCUCGAGUAUUUUUGUUUAACUUGCGUAUUUUCUUCUGUAUUAGGUACGGAUAUGUUAGCCCGGAUGACGUCCCCCUUCUUCUGGAGCAGCAUAUUGGCAGAGGAGAGGUUAUAGCCCGUCUCUGGAGGUAUUUCUCCUCCCAACCUUGCAGCUUGGGCCUCUCUUUGAUCGCCCGCCCCAAAUAUUAUAUUCAUUAAGUUUCCUGCUUUGAUCCGAAGAACUUCGCAUCUAAUCUCUCCAUUCUCCAUGGGAAACUAGUUUCCUGCUUGUUCUAUCUCUGUGCGCCUUCAUCCUGCCAUGAUUGUUCUUGAGAAUUCAUUGAUCUCCAUCUAGUGAUUGGUAUCGUGAUUGUGACCUAAAGUGGGAAAGAUUUACUAGGUUACUUUGUGAAAGAUAUCUCCGAGUUCGUUAUUUGGUUCCUGAUUCAUAUCUACCAUGGUCGUCUGCAUGCGUGUGAUGUCAGGGGUCAAAUGGGUUUAACCGAGGAUCAGCAGAAGAAAGUGCAGGAACUGAGGCUCCAGCCGAACGGGAAGCCGGAGGCGACGGCGGCGGCGGCAGGGACGGGCAGCGCUGUCCAGCUGAACGGGUGCUCCGUCGGGGCAGGCUGCUGCCAGGGGCCUGGUUUCUCCUGCGGGCGGGAUGCGGCGGCGUUAGAGGGGAAGCCCACCGGCAACGGCACAGAGGAGAAGUACGGCGGGGACGGCAAGGCGGCCACCACCGGCAAGUCCUCGUCGGCCCGCAAGCUCUGUGCAAUGCCGACGUGGUUCGAGCGGUGGGAGCGGGAGGACACCUACGCAGCCCUUGCCGUCGCCGCCGCCGCCGUCUCGGUCGUCGUUGCUUACAGCUGCUACAGGCAGAUGAGAUGA